AUGAGCGUCAAGACGAAAUCCUUCAGUGAAAGGAUCAUUCCUAUUUCUGCGAAAGACCAAUGGCGGCCCAUUGACAACAUUCGCUCCUUGGUUUUUAUUGUCGUCCGCGAUAUUCUCGAUGGCGAAUUUAUGAAAUCGUCCCUGGAUAAAUUGAUCAGGACGCAUGUCCCUCUCCUUGGAGCACAAAUAAAGCCCAGCGGAGCCGAUGGCUUGCUUCAGUAUCAUCUCAUCACUCCCUUCCCCGAGGAUAAAGAGAUAUUCAGCUGGUCUACCAGCAAUGUCGCUUCAACGCUCGAAGAUGCCAAUCUCGUGCCGGAGCAUAACCCGCAAAGAGGCAUCACGAUAUUUCCGGAUGUGACUGUCAUGGAACCAUGCUGGAUACCGUCUGACUGGCCCGUUAGACGCGACCAGGACAAGCCAGACACGCCGCUGUUGCUCGUUCAUCUCACAUACUACACAAAUGCCACCAUCGUUACUCUCAAUCUACCACACUGUGUGAGCGAUCAGAUCGGUUAUGGCAGCGUUAUCAAUUCUUGGAUAGACGUUAUGAAGGGCAAAGAACCCCUUCCUUUUAUCGAACUACCCGAGGACAGCCUGGACGGCGACAAAGACAUCUCCAUCAAGGAACUUCACAAAAAAUACGAGUUUCGGUUGAGAACAAAGAGAGAAAGAGCAGAGGUGCUGAUAGGAAUCGUCCCGGAGCUGGUUGUCCGCUCCAAAGAGACGAGAUGUACCCUCUUUUUACCUGUGGGAUUAGUCAAUGGGCUGCGGGAUAAAUGGAGGAUAGAGUUGAAGGGAAAGUAUGGCGCUGACGCGGCGAAUAUUACGAAUGGAGAUGUGGUUGUUGGGAUUAUCGCCAAGUUCGCCAACUUGCAUCGGAAAAAGCCCAAGAAGCAAGUCAUCACAGGCCCAGCAAGCGUUCGCGGAUACCAUCCUCUGCUCCCCAAAACCUCCCACUACCUACACAACGCCACCGUCUUCACAGUCAGUCGCACAGCAAUCAGCCGCUCCAAGCCCCCAGUCUCCGAAAUCGCCUACGGAAACCGUCUUGCCGUGCUAGAAGCCCUCAAGCCGGAGAAAAUCGAACGCGGUCUGGCGGUGGCGCGGGAGCUCCUCCGAAGGCACAUGCCGAUGCACAUCUGUGAGCCGUGGGAGUUCAGCUACAGCACGACGAAUUGGUGCAACGCAUGGCAUGGCAUCGACUUCUCCGUGGCCAGCGCUAAGAAGACUGGGGAAGCUGCUGAAAAGAAGGAUAGCGAUGAGAGCAGCAGGGAUGAUGCGAAGACGAUUGAUGGGGCUGCUUCGGCGCCUCUUAUUUUUGGACAUUCGCUGGAACGAAACCAUCCUAAUCGAUUAAGCGCUGCGAUCAUGUCCAAGGGUGAGGGAGGAUACUGGGUCGACUUUGCGGCGCCGAAUAAAGGCAUGGCGGCCAUACGGGCGCUUUUGGAGAGAGACCCCAACCUGGAGACGAUAUGA